AUGCCAGACGACUACGACUUUUCCCUGUGGAUACGAGCAAAUUAUAUCGACGUACCAACAGCUUAUUACGGGAAGGAACGUGGUCACAAAUCCUGGUAUCAAGGGUUACGCUACGCUGCCAACAACUAUUGCAAGCAGAACGCAGAGGAGAAACAAGACUACGCCACAUUUGCAGCGUCAGUGAAAGCUGGUAUUACCGAGAACACUUGUGCUGUGGAUACAUGUCCAGCUUCAGGCGAUGUGAAUGCUGAAUUGAGUCUGAUUGUCGGCAAAGGGAAAGAUCACUGGGGAAUUAACUCGAACGGCACGUGUUAUCCGCUGAUCAACUCGUACAUGGGCUCGUACUUGUGUGAUCCUGACAAUAUGUUCUCCAAGUGUGCCAGUCCUCGCAAUGAGUCCACUACACCCAAGUCCAAUGCGAUUAGUGCAUUUAACUAUCAGAUUGAUGCAAUCUCUUCUUGGUGUGCGACGCCGCCCAACCCAGGCAAGGAAUGUCGUGGACUUGGCGACGCUGAUAAUUUCAUGCAAGUUGGUUGUGAUCCAGCGAGUCAUCCGACUCAAGAAUGGAUUGAAGCCCACAUCGACGAGUACGAAGAUAAUGAUAAUAAGUGGGAGGAAGUGGCUGGCAAGGCUCGAACGGCUCUAAAGACUGGGAAAUUGUUCAAGUAG